AUGCCGCUUCCCAUCCUACUCGUGUUUCCAACGGUGGGCAUUCUGUUCGCCGACAUGGUCCACAACUUGAGCGUUUGCGUGCAGUUCAAGGGUGGCAUGUCAAAUUGGAGAGACCUGUUCGUUGGAGUUGCUGACGCGAAGUCGGAUCUCGACCCGCACUACUCGUGGUUGUUUUCUAGGACUGGCACACGCGCCGCCCGAAUCGACCACGGUAUUGAAAGUUUCUACGCCUCACGGCCAGACUGGUUGCACGUGCGCGUUCUUCGUGAUCCCGUCGAGCGGAUGGCGAGCGGCUUUCUUGAUUGGCAUCAUAUGGACACCAGAUUCAAUGGCCACUUCAUACCUCAGAAUACCGGCUGCAACACGUACAAACGGCACAGAACCGACGCAAAGGGAUUUUUGGCCUCUUUGGGAGAACAGGAACUGUCCGAGCUUGCGCAAAUUGCAAAGAAAAAGUACGCCGCAGACAUGUCAUCGUAUCUUGCAGCUGUGUGCGCACGAGUGUGGGCACGCGAGUGA